UGUCACGCAGCUAGCCGUGGCCUGCCCUGGCUGCAGUGGAAAGUAAUGGAGUCGCGCGUCUCGGCUCCGCGAAGCGCGUGCGAAAGAGAACGCACCCCGGUGUGACAGCUAAAAAAACAGCGACACACACGGAGCAAGUCAACGCACAUACACACGUACUGACAUAAACAACCAUACACACCAGUAAAAACAUGCAGCACGGCGCCUAAACGGCCCAGGAGCUCACCUCGAACGGCAGGCAAGCCAGGCCAUUCUCCUGGCUGAGGGGGUCAUUUGCUAUGUAGGGACAGGAGCGGGUUGGUGGACUACGGACUUCGGGGACCAUGGAACCAGGAGAGAGCUCCCCCUGCCCCUCCUGGGAUCCUCCCACUUUAAAGACAGUGCCCCUGGACCCACUGUCAUCCUCUCCCCAGAACCCAGAGUCCCCAACCCACCUUCACAGCACCUUACAGAGCUCCUGCUCUCCAGUGGCGAGGGGGGAGCACGCGGACAGUUGGGGCCCGUGGGACGGAAUUGGGGAGGGGACGGGGGACUCCUCCUCCAGGACAGGAUCAGGGGGGACCGCACAGAGGAGCCCUCGGCCCUCAGCCUUUCCCUCCUCCCUGGCCUGGGACUCCGACUCCGAGAAAGAAACCCUAGAUGAGGAGGAGCUACAGCACUUUUCUAACCCUCACGGUCUGGCAGCUCACAGCCCCGGAUCCCCCGCCUCGGGACACAGGCAAGAAAGAGCUGACGGUGAGGGUGACAAAGCACCUGAAAAACUACAGCACUUAAUCCCAGAGAGUGACCCGCCCAGCCCAGUGGAUGGGCAGGACCAAGGCGGGGCCAGCACACAAGCAGAUGAGCCAAAGACCGCACAACCCAGCUCACCAGACUCUGAAGAAAAUGGUGGCAGAGAGUUUACAGAGAAAGCGUCUCCUGAGCCGCCGUUGUCAGAGGCUAAACCAAAGGACGGGUGCCGAAAGGAAGAGGGAGAGAGGGAUGGACAGCAGGGGAGGGAGGAGGAGCCGGAGCCGGUUCUGGACGUGUACAGCUUCCCCGGGGACUCGGACCCCGAGAGCCCGCCGCCGGCGCCCUGGGCACACUGCACCUUCACCCAGCGCCGCAAGAGGAAGAGGGCCCUGCUCAAGCCCUUCUCCGGCCUGGGCGCCCAGCUGGCCACGCCCCUGGCCCUGUGGAAGAGGCCCAAGGGCAGCCCCCCGAAGGCCAGGGGAGACCUGCUCGCGGAGGUCGGGGGCGGGGUCUUUGAGUUCGCGGAGGAGGGCGGGAACGGAGGCGCGGGGAGGGACCCGGAACAGGAAGUGGCGAGCGACGGCCCGAGGGAGGAGGAAGGAGCGCUCUGCCAGGAGGUGUUCACCUGCGUGGAAUGUAGCAUUUACUUCAAGAAGCAGGUCCACCUGCAGGAGCACAUGCACCAGCACUGGCAGAGCGGGGGGCAGAGGAGGCGGGGCGAGGAGGAGAGCGGGCGGGGCGGGGGCGGGGCGGGGGCGGGGCGGUUCCAGUGCGCGGAGUGCGGCUGGGAGCUGGAGGACCGGCUGGCCCUGGCGGAGCACCGGCGGCAGCACGAGGAGUCGCGGCAGAAGAUCCUGGAGGAGAUCGGCAAGCUGAACGAGGGCGGGAAGGGGGCGGGGGAGCCGGGGGGGGCGGCCGCGGAGACGGGGGGCGCGGUCUCGGCCCCGCCCCGGCUCCGCUGCCCCAAGUGCAGGUUCGGCACGGACUCGUCGCGCGUGUACGUGGAGCACGCCAAGAUGCACAUCAAAGAGCGCAACAGCCAGCGGGCGCGGGGGCCGACCGCGCAGCCGCCGCCGGGCCCGGCCGGCCCGCUCCGCCCCUCCCCCCCGCUCCCCUGUGAGCUCUGCAGCUUCCGGGCCUCCAGCCCCACCGCCCUCCGGGAGCACCUGCUCCUGUCCCACCCCGCCUGGCCCGCGGCCUGGGAGGAGGAGGAGGAGGAGGAGGAGCCGCGGGAGGAGGGCCGCCCGGGGACCAGCCGCGACUUCCUCAACCCCUCCCUCCCGCCGCCGCCGCCGCCGCGCCCCGGGGACGAGCCCUUCCCCCCGCGGCGCUCGCGGAGCCCCGCCUCCUCGCCGGCGGCCCGCGGGACGCUCGGCCUGCGCCUGGGCACGGCCGUCAAGGGGGGCCGCCCCUGCCUGCCCCGCCCCCGGCCUUCCCCGCCCCCCCCUCCCGUGACCCCCCCCGCGGGACCCCGCCGGAGGGACGUGGCCUUCAAGAGCAUCGGGAACCGGAGGGCGGGGAGGGGCGGGGCCUGGAGGGAAGGGCCGCCCUCGGCGUCGCCCCUGCCGAGCCCCCCCCCACUGCCUUCGGCGACGGGCGGGGCGCGGAAAUGGGACCAAAACGAGGACCAGGUAGCCCAGAAGAGCCAGCAGCUCAGUGCCGAUCCAGGCUCAAAGGAGGUGCCUGCCCUCGCCUUGCAGCUGAAGCGCAGUUUCUCAGACGGCCUUCGGGGGGCGGCAGAGAGCCUGGGGCUGACGGAGGGGCAGCAGACCCAGCUCAGGCACAUGCUGCCCCUCGUCCUCAUUGAGCCCUUCCACUUCAGUCCCCGAGCUCCCUCCCCAGUUCCCGGAUUUGGGGAGAGGGUCAGGGCAGCGGGAAACUUCCGUCCUUUUCCGGAAGACAACGUAGCCUGUCCCGUGGUAAAAGAGGAUGACGACGAAGAAGAUUACGAGGACGAGGACAAUGAUGAAGACGACGAGGGGAAUCUCUUCCUGUCAGAGGAGGAGGAGGAGGUCGGGGAAGGGGCGGGGAUGCUGAAGAACGUCGAGAGGAAGUGCCCGUAUUGCCCCGAUCGUUUCCACAAUGGCAUCGGCCUGGCCAAUCACGUGAGGGGCCACCUCAACCGAGUGGGCGUCAGCUACAACGUGCGCCAUUUCAUUUCCCCCGAGGAGGUCAAUGCCAUUGAAAGGAAAUUCUCUUACCAAAAAAAGAGGAAAAAAGUGGCCAACUUUGACCCGGACACCUUCAGCCUGAUGCGCUGCGAGUUCUGCAGUGCCGGCUUCGACACCCGGGCCGGCCUGUCCAGCCACGCCCGCGCCCACCUCCGCGACUUCGGCAUCACCAACUGGGAGGUCACCGUGUCGCCCAUCCACAUCCUGCGGGAGCUCUUCUCCAGCCGGCCCGACCUGGUGCUUCCCACCGCGCCGCCGCGCAGCCCCGCCGCGGACCCCGACCCCGACUCUGAGGACGAGGAGCCGGCGGUCAGCCGGGGCGGGGCCGCGGACCGCGCCGUGCCCCCCCUGCCGUCGUCGUCUCCGGCGCCUCUGGCUCGAGCGCAAGGUGUGCAGGAAGACAAGAUGCCCACAGUGGAAGGAGUGACAGCAGGCUCUGGGAGGAAGAGUGUGGUUCCUUCAGAUUCUGGGAACAAGCGCAUGGACCCUGGCAGCCCCAGGGACGAGCCAGACAGCAAGGCCACCGGCCUGCUGCAGUGUGAGGUGUGCGGGGCCCCGUUCGAGACCAGGCGGGGCCUGUCCAGCCACGCCCGCUCGCACCUCCGGCAGCUGGGCAUCGGGGUGUCCGAGAGCAGCGGGGCGCCCAUCGACCUCCUGUACCAGCUCAUCAAGGAGCGGGACGGGCGCUGCUUCCCCGAGCCUCCGCACCCCUCCGCGGCCAAGAAGCCACCCCCGGGGAGCCCUUCCUCCCGAAAGGAGCCCGGGCCCAGGCUCGGAGGAGCCAAAGCGGCGGUCGCGGAGAGGAAGCCCUCCCCGCUGUCCCCCCUGGCCGCUCCCUCCCGCGCCAAAGCGGCCGCCUCCUCCAGCCGCUCCUCUUCCCCGGCCGCCCUGGGAAACGCCCGCUCGGCCUCCCCGCUGCUGCGGAAGGCCCCCAUCUCCUCCCUCCUGCCGGCCUCCUCGCCCCUCCGCUCCUUGGACCCCAAGCCCGGCGGCGGGAAGACCGCCUCGCCCUCCGGCGCCCCUCCCGCCUCCGCCAAGCCUUUCUGGGCCCCGCAGGAGACGGACGCCCCCCUCAACCUGACAAUGGACGUGGACGCCAGCAAGGACAUUGUGUGCCAGCUGUGCGGCGCCUGGUUCGAAACGCGCAAGGGCCUCUCCAGCCACGCCCGCGCCCACCUGCGCCACUUCGGCGUGGUGGACGCCGAGACCAAGGGCUCCCCCAUCGACUAUCUCAACCAGCUGAUCCACACGGACGACUUCAAGCACAGGGCCGGCUCGCUGCAGCCCGAGGACUCCGAGGAGCUGGAGGACCUGGCGCCCGGCUUGACCCCUCCCUCCGCCUCCUCUUCCUCCGCUAAGCGGCCGGUCUCCUCCCCCUCUCCCGGGCUCUACAAGGGCGUCUCGGCGGAAGGAGGCUCGGGCUCCAAGGGCACCCCGUCUUCUCCGCUCCUGUCUCCCCCCAGCAAGCGGUACAAGCCCACCGCCGCCGAGAGGGCGGGCCUGCAGGUCUUCCGUUUGAGUGGCGGCGAGCUCACGCCAAUCACUCACGGCGAACCGCUGAAGGAGAUCGGCUGCGAGUUCUGCGGGGAGUACUUUGAGAACCGCAAGGGCCUGUCGAGCCACGCCCGCUCGCACCUGCGCCAGCUGGGCAUCACCGAGUGGUCGGUGAACGGCUCGCCCAUCGACACGCUGCGGGACCUGAUCACCCGGCGGGGCCUGCCCUGCGCCCUCCCCCUGCGGCCCCUCAAGUCGCCGCCCGCCUCCCCCACGUCCCCCCGCUCCCCGGCCUCCUCCCCCGCCUCGCCCAGCCUGGUCAAGCGGCACCCCUUCGGCCCGGGCCAGCCGCACCAGCCCACCGCCCGCAAGAUGGGCGGCAUGGCGGCGUCGCGGCUGCCCGCCAAGCCCAAGCCCGAGCCGGUGCAGCUGGAGCUGGGCAUGGCGGGCGAGGGCGGGGCGGCGGGCAUGGCGGGUUACGCGCCCGAGGCCCUCUCGCCGGGCUGGCGCGGCUCCGACGGCAUCCUGCCCCUCAACCUGGCCGCCCCUGAGCCCGAGCCAACGCGGGACAUCCGCUGCGAGUUCUGCGGGGAGUACUUCGAGAACCGCAAGGGCCUGUCGAGCCACGCCCGCUCGCACCUGCGCCAGCUGGGCAUCACCGAGUGGUCGGUGAACGGCUCGCCCAUCGACACGCUGCGGGAGCUCAUGCGCAAGAAGGGCGCCGCCCCCGCGGGACAGGUGAAGAAGGAGCCCGGCCUGGGGGGCGGCCCCGCCUGGGAGGAGCUGGGCUACCUGUCCCCCAAGUUCUCCCGCAAGUCGCCCGUCAGCAUGCUGCACUCGGGGUCGCGCCUCCUGAAGCAGGGCCUCGGGGGGGCGUCCCUCUCCCUGUCCCCGCUCGGCGGGGGCAAGGGGGGCGGCGGCGGCUUCCUGGGCGCGGCGUCCCAGCUGGGGAAGAGGCCUCUGGCGGACGAGGGCCAGUCCCACGAGAGGCCGUCGCCCAAAACCUUCUCCACCCCGCCGCUGGAUUUCUCCUUCAAGGGGAAGUCCUCCCCGGACAAGUACGGGACGUCCCACUCAGCCUCGGACGCCAGCUGCGAGCUGUGCGGCUUCUACUUCGAGAACCGCAAGGCGCUGGCCAGCCACGCCCGGGCCCACCUGCGGCAGUUCGGCGUGACGGAGUGGUGCGUGAACGGCUCGCCCAUCGAGACGCUGAGCGCCUGGAUGCGCAGCAAGCCGCACAAGGUGGCCGAGAUGCACCGCCGCUACCUGCAGGGCGACCGGCCCUUCCCCAAAAAGAAGUGUGGCUCCUCCCCCUCCCCCUCGGCCGAUUUGGACCGCCUGUCCCCCGGGGCGUCCAAGCCCCCGUCGUCCCAGCGGCCCUCCCUGGGGCUGCCCCUGGGCCGGCGGGCGGGGCGGGAGGUGACGGGGGGCACGUGGGGGGCGUCCCGGGCCGGCCAGGGCCGAGGCGAGGCGGGCUCCUCCUUACCGCAGGGCCACGGCGCGUCCCGCCAGGCCGCCCUCCCCCACUCACAGGUGGCCCGCAGCGAGCUCAACGUGCGCUCGCCCAGAGGGUUCGAGCGGCGCCCGCCCAAGCACUCGUCCCACUCCGAAAGCGGGGAGAGGGAGAUGGGACCCCCGCAGACCCCCCGGACCGGCACCAUCCCCGCCCUCGUGCCAAAGCCCCCCUCCACCCCGCUGGUCAAGCUGGUGGGGAAGGUGUACUCGCUCAAAUGCAGGUUCUGCGAGGUGGAGUUCCAGGGGCCCCUGUCGGUCCAGGAGGACUGGGUCAGGCACCUCCAGCAGCACAUCCUGGAUCUCAACUUCAAUAAGCCUGCGCCCCCCCCCGCCACGCCCGCCACGCCUGCCCCGGAGGACCCCGCCGUCCCCACCCCGGCCCCCGUCCCGGGAGUCACGCCCACACCCACCUCCACCUCCACCCUGACCCCGACGCCCACUCCCACGCCCGCGUCCACCCCCGCCCCCACCCCACCCGGGACUGUGACCCUCACGCACUCGGUAUGUGCCAAAGAGCCCGUCUGCCUCCGUCUUACCUCAGCAAGUCGCUCACACGGACGGAUCCCUGAAGUGUUGGACCUGGCUGCCACGCGGCGAAGGUUUCGGGCGGUUCCCCUGCGCGCUCGUCCGCGCCGCGCCGCGCCCCCCGUCCUGCGCUCCGUCGAGCCCGAAGCCGUCGUCUCCCGUGGGACGGCACCCGUAUGA